AUGUCCGUUCUCCGCCAUGGAGGUACCUACCUCCAACGUCGUCUCACCAAGAUGUACACCGAUACCAAGACCUCCUGCGAGAGUGUCACGACCGCGUCCAAGGCAGUCGAUGAUCCGGAACUCGUCGCCCUGCACCGCAGCUUCCGAACUCAGCGAGAUCGACUGUUGGCCUGGGGCCUAGAUUGGAGCGAUGCGAGCGCCGCGCAGCCGAACGACAUCGAUGAGUCUCUCACACAAGCCGGUUUUAGCGAUGUUGUCGCCAGUGUGAUGUCGUCGAUCCAGGAGCUUUUGAACGAAGCCGAGCGCAUACAACACGGGGGCACUCCGUCCGAUUUGCCUUCCAAGGGCGGCAGAGCCGAUGCGCCGUCCAAGGAUACCCUGAGUGCUCUCCCGGUCAAGACACACUGGUCCAAUGAGGAUAUCAACCGGUCCAAAUCACUCCUUUCCGACCUCACGGCGUGUAUCGACACUCUUUACGACCUCUCCCGGUCUCGGCGUAAUAUGAGCUCAGGCGGCCAUCGAUCGCGCCACCACCCGACGUUGCAAACGGACGACUCUGUUUAUUCUUCAUACUCGGAUUCAAAGACCUUUCUCGACAGCAAGAAUAUGUACCAAAGUCCCAUCAAUCAGAAGGACGUAUACGGCUAUCCGUCCUACUCGAAACAGUCUCCAAGCUUUGAUCAAACCUUCAGUCAAUCGCUGUCAUCGAAUGACUACAUCAUCGACCGUUCUGCGCUGCAAUUGUCCGGGUCAUUCCAAGAUAACAGUCCACCUCCCUAUGAAGUGGUGGCCGCUUCCAGCAAUUCCCGUGCCAUUGGCCGCAUGCAGACGUCAGCGUCGCCGCUCCUUCGCGGCUCCAAAGAUUCCACUGUCACCAUUUUGCUCGAGUAUGUCCCGAUGAACUUCGACAGUGCAGGCGCUGUUACGGUUCCCGGGAAGCACCGGAUGGAUCACGUCCAUCAGACUCUUGAUCAACUGGUGCAAAAUUCUCGCGUUUCUCACUUGGGUUUGUUAAGGUUCCUUGGAUAUUUUAUCGACAUGCAAAACUCCCGUUAUGCCUUCGUUUACCAAAUGCCCAUUGACUACUUCCCCUUCCUCCGCAAUCCGACCGACCUUCUUAAUGAUUUGAAGCCCAAGCCGUUGGUUUCUCUUUUCCAGCUGAGGAGCCAGAAUCUCGUGCAUGGCAACAUCAAUAGCAACAAUGUCUUGAUCUUUCCGGGUCCGACGAACUCCAAUAAUGAUGAAGUUGGUCUGACCGAGAACUUGCGACGGCCGUAUCUUACCUCGAUCGCUCAAUUUUCUGGGACCGGCUCGUCACCGGAGCCUCUAUCCUCCAGCAUAUAUCGCCACCCAGAUGAUAAGCGCUCGCUCGAUGACGAUGCUGCCUGGGCCUAUGACCUGUACUCUCUCGGCUUGGUCCUGUUGGAGAUUGGUCUGUGGACCCCUAUCAGCCGGCUGUGGAAGAUGAAAUACACGCCUUCAAUGUUCAAGCAAAGAAUCGAGAACGUUUACUUACAGAAGCUCGGCCCCAAAUGUGGUAGCGCUUACCUCCACGUUGUCCAGCUGUGUCUGGACGCUCCCAACUUUCAUCUUUCAACUCAACCCUUCGAUGACUUCAACCUCCGUGUCCCGCAGACUUACCACUACCCCGUUCUCGACCUUUCCGAACCGGAAAGCAUUUUCUCCUUUUCAAUGAACUUUAUUUACACUAUGAGCAAGAUUAUCUGGGCAUGUUGCAGGAUCGACAUCAUUUCCCCUCCAGGUGCGGAAGAGCUUGAUGACUGCCUGCCUCUCGCUCUGGUGCCUCGGCCGGACGCCACAGCAACCAAAGAACCCCUCCGCGAGUACACUGCCCACCAACAGCUCGUCCCGCUUUCUCCUGAACCCUUUAAUCCUAUUGCUGCGACUGAUAUGAAGCUCAUACGGGAGAAGAUGGGACUUGCGGACCGUAAUCCCCGCAAGAGGACUUUCAAGAAACUUACCAAUGUCGAAAUUCCGCAAGAGCAUCUGAACGAGUGGAAUUUCCAGAUGAUGCCGCGGCUUCGAAAGCUGCUACAGAAGGUCCUUAAAGACUCAUCUGAAUCUUGCGGAGUCACCCUGACGAUGACCGGCGAGUCCAUUGAAAGCGCUAAAACGACAAUUUGCGUUACUUGCGCGAGCACCAAGAAAGUCAGAGCAGCACUCAAAAAGUACUUCGUGCUUGAUCGUGAUGACUGGGACCUUCUUGUUCUCAAUGGGGAUAUUCAGCGAUCGAAAGUGCCACGCAAGAAGCGUCGCAAGCCGGCAAAAACUGGACCAGAGCAGCCAGAACAGUCACCAGUAUACGAAGACCCAAAUCCCUGUUACCAACGUCAACCACUUUGCGGAGCGUCCAUGGGUGCAUUCAUCAAUGAGGAGCAUCUGCCACCUGUGACAUACGGUGGCGCCAUCCUCGUCGACGGCAUGCCGUAUGGUAUGACCGUCCAUCACAUGUUGGAAACGCCCAGUGACGCAGAAGACGAUGAUGAUGAGCAUGAUAUGGGUGGCCCGCUACGGUCAGCUGGGAACUGGCCCCGAGAAUCGGCGUCCCAAAAUCCAGAGUUUAUGUACAGCUGGUGCGACGAUGAUCCGUCAGAGGUCAAUCUCGAAUUCGAGAUUUCGGAUGAAGAGGGCGAUGAUCACUCCGUCUCGCUAAGCCUUGAGGGCACGUAUGAUGAUUUCACGCUCUCUGAGGGCUACUCCUCCGAUGAGGGUUUGGAUACCGGUGAUGCGUACGAGGACGAGGACGCUGCGUCCAUUGGCGAUACUGCGGGCGUGGAACCUGGUGAUGAACCGCGGCUUUUUGUAACCCAGCCCGCUUUAGAUGAUGUUCCUGAGGAUUUCUACCCAUCCCUCGAAGACCGCGACGACGAACACCUCGCGAUCCAUUCGUUUGGGUAUGUGCAUGCUUCAUCUGGAGUCCGACGCUGGACACGCAAAGGCAUCAAGCACGAAAUCGACUGGGCGCUUAUUAGGAUCAACGAUGAUCGCAGCGACCCUCGCAACAUCGUGUUCGAUAAAACGUCGUCUCUCUCCAGACAACGGCCCCAAAGUGAACCUAUCUACCUCACCGACAUUGCCCGACUCGAAGAUCUGGGGGGUCUGAAAGUACACUGCUGUGGUCGGACCAGCGGCCUUCAGACUGGUCAGAUUUCGCGUGCGAUGACCCUAGUCAAGUUGAACGGGCGACACAGCUUUUCGACGAGUUUUUGUGUGGAUGGAAACUUUGGUGUUCCCGGCGAUUCAGGCGCAUGGGUCUUCGAAAAGUCCACCGGCCGCGUGUGCGGCCAUGUUCUAGCGUGGUCUGAAAAGAGCCAUACGGCAUAUAUCGCACCGAUGGAAGUCCUCCUCGAGGACAUCGCUCGGACGCUUAAUGCCUCCUACGUCGCUCUCCCCGACAGCCCUCACGGGUCUCUAGCAUAUGGUGCCCCUCAUAAUCCGUAUUUCGAGCCGCAAAAUCCGCGGUACCGCUCCCCACUCCCCCUCCCGGACCAGAUCCCUGUUGACAUGGGACAUCUGAGACUCGAGGAUGCUACGUCGUCGCCUCCUCCCCCACCGCCCCGGCCACCGGGGCCGGCACAUCCGAGCCGGGGGCUAAGGGAGGUGCCCUCGUCGACACCGUACGGGGGGCUCCCUCCUAUUUUGACUCCCCCAAGGAGUUUGGAGAGGCAGCUUGCUUAG